CAGAAAAACACAAAAAACCGUUUCUGAAUUUCACAGCUCUCCUCACAACGUCGACGAGGGAACGAAAACUAAAAAACGCAGGAAAAUCAGAAACAGAUACAGAAAGCAGAGAGAAACGCAACAAAUUUCACAGCUGCUUCACAAUUCACAUGGCAUCACUAGCAACCCAUUUCUCAGCGUUCGUGUUGCUCUUUCCCAUAGGCCUACGUCGCCUACUCUGCUCCUCCUCUCUCUACCUCAAGAACCCAUCUCUCUACCGAUCCAAAAUCUGGUAUUUCUCAGAACCCAAAUGGAAAAACUUUGAUUUGUACACUCUCACCAUAGCCCUCCCCAUGGCUUCCUUCUCCGAAAUUUUUAUCUUUUUAGCCUUUUCGGGCCACCCCACGUAUCGUUUCGCGUUUUUCCAGCAAUCAGCAGCCAUUUUCAUGUUCUGGGCACUCAUCAUUUUGAUCAUCUGCCGUGAAAACAUUGACACUUUGCAUAUCGAUGAAGGGUUCGUCUUCGUUAUCGCAGCCAUUUCGUUCCUGGUCGAGUAUUCGGUGAUCGGCAAGGGAAUUUCGGGUCUUGGUGGAGCUAUGUAUGAUAUAUUAGGUACAUUGACCCUUGUUUGUGCUGUUUGUUCCUUGUAUUUAUCAAUUAGGCCCUGUUCGUUUUGCGCCGAGUUUUUCUUGUCCUCUGGAUUGGUCUUAAAAGGAACUUGGAUUUUGCAACUUGGAUUGUCCUUGUACACUGAUGCAUUUGGAUUAAAAGGGUGCAAGAAAAUGUCAGUUUGGCCAAACCAGGAGAAUGCUGAGUGGAAAUGUGAUCUUGAGGAGGAUGGUUUGAGGGGUGUUUCUUUGAUGACGCUGCUGUUCAUUGGGCAUGCAAUUGCAGUCUUGCUAUUGAGUUUGAUGUUGUUUGCUUUGGUGGCAAGUAACUGGAAUUUGAGGUGUGGUGAGGCCAGUGGCCCGUUGCUAGCGCAGCUUGAUUCGGGGCAUGUGUUGAUGCCUUCUAGCCUCGACCUCGAUAUGGAAUGAAAUGUAUGUUCUGUUUUUGUUUACUGUCAAUUUUGGUAGAAACUUUCAGAGAUAAUGGAGAUUUUACUCAUUUGUUCAUUCUCAGGUCGCUAGUGUUUACUCUUUUUUUUUUUUUUUUUAAAUUUAAAUUUAUGGCAUGCGGUUAUUUGAUAUUGGAUUGUCUCAGAUCAUGAAUUUAAAUUAAGUAUUAGAUGCUUACUUUGUAUUAUAGUUGUAGUAAAUGGAUAACUUUCGUUGUGUU